AAACAAUGACUGAAUAUUUCAACAAUAUUAAGGACGUUGUGGAAAACAUUGACCCUGAGAACAUCUACAAUUAUGAUGAAACAAAUGUGACUGAUGACCCAGGCAGCACCAGAGUGGAACGUGUCCAAGAACACUCCAAAAUGGCAAUUUCGCUAAUGAUGUGUGGCAAUGCUGCAGGAACUUUGUUGCCGCCAUUUGUUGUGUACAAGGCACAAAACCUUUAUGAGAAUUGGGUUGCAAGAGGCCCUGCUGGUGUAAAGUAUGCAGCCACAAAAAGUGGCUGGUUUGACAUGGAGACAUUUGAACGAUGGUUCUUUGAGAUAUUCAUCCCACACACAGCUGAUAAGCCUGGUGUCAAGGUGCUUGUUAGAGACAAUUUAGCCUCUCAUUUCUCAGUUGAUGUAGUAAACAAAGCGAAAGAGGCAAAUAUUUAUUUCACCUCGUUGCCACCUAACACCACACACCUAACGCAGCCAUUGGACGUUGCCUUCUUCAGACCAGCCAAAAUAAUGUGGAAGUCGAUACUAGACAAGUGGCGGGUAGAGUCACGCUUGCAAGGUACAAUCCCAAAGGAAAUUUUUCCUUCCUUGCUUCUGUCACUGCUUAACCAAUUGAAGCCAAAUACGCCAAAGAACUUGGCAUCUGGCUUUCGAGCAUGUGGGCUCUGCCCAUAAAAUCCAAACGAAGUGGUCAAGCGAAUGCCUGUGAUUGG